GCAAAGUUUUUAGACGUGUUCUGGAAGCCGCCUGGGGCUCCCGCCUUGAGAGAAAGGCAAGGCAUGGCGAUAAAGGAAAUAAAGUACAUCACCACCAUCAUCGUCAUCACCUCAUGGCAAAGUCAUCGUUUUGAUCGGGUCCUUAGCAAGUGGGAUGCCUGGGACAUGUGCACCUGUAGAUGAAUGUUGGCAUUAACAUGGGCUACAUCCACACUGGAGGGAUAACCCUCUGGGCCCACCACAAACUCCAACUCCCAGAAUUCCAUAGCCUCGAGCCAAACAAAGAGUCAAAGCGGUGCCAAACCAGGUUAUACCUCCAGUGUGGAUGCAGCCAAAAAGUGGGGGCAGUUUGAGAAGCCGAGCAAGCAAGAGUCUGCCUGUGCCUCUCUCCCAGAAAAGAGUCUUGGGAGGAGGACCAGCUCUCUUUGUCCCCAGAGAGGCCGGCAAGGUGGAAGAUAUGGCUGCGAGGGAUAGAGACUCAGCAGCAGGACAGACAGCGCUGGAGAGCAGCGUCUCAGCCUCCUCAGCCCCUGGCUUUUCCUGCAGCAGAGUGAGAGGAACUCGCUGGAGGAGAGAGAAUAAGAUAGUUGUGUACAGCAAGAUGCAGGAAUCUCUGGAAGUGACAUUUCCCAAUAAACAAGAGGAGGAAGAGAAAGACCAGCCAACUGAGAUGGAGUACCUUAACUCUCGAUGCGUCCUUUUCACUUACUUUCAGGGAGACAUUGGAUCAGUAGUGGAUGAACACUUCUCAAGAGCUUUAAACCAAGCUAGCAAUUUUAGUCAGGAGGCUACCAUUUCAAAAAGCAAAACAGGAUUAAACCCACUAUGGAGAGAGAGCUCAGCAAUAGCAAGCCAAAGGAGUGGCUUUCCAGCUUCAUUUUGGACCAGUUCUUAUCAGACUCCUCCUCCACCAUGCUUAAGUGGAGUUCAUCAUGAUUUUCAAGUUACUGCACCAGGCACCUUCUCAACAGUAGAUCAUAGCAGCUGGCCAGGACAUACAUUACAUCAGACUGCUCCACCUCCUCCACCUGCCAUGUCAGAAUCUUGGCAUUAUCCAUUAGCAUCUCAGGUGAGCCCUUCAUAUGGACACAUGCAUGAUGUGUACAUGCACCACCACCAUCCGCAUACACAUAUGCAUCACCAUCACCACCCAACUUCUCACCUUGACCCACGGUACAGACCUUUGCUGAUGCCUUCAGUUUGUGCAGGCAAGAUUCCUUCACCACAGUGUGAUGCAACAAAGACAGACCAUUCUGCGGUCACCAGUGCUACCUCAGCAUGGGCAGGAGCCUUUCAUGGAACAGUUGACAUUGUGCCAAGUUUUGGGUUUGACACAGGUAAGCACUGAUCUUGUGGUUGUUGUUAUUUGCCAUCAAGUAGCUUUGAUUCACAAAAGACCUCCAAGACCCUGACCAUCAACAACCUGCUAAAGUUUUUUCAAACUCAGAUCUGUGGCUUCCUUUAUUGAAUCAAUCUAUAUGUGCAUAUUGUAGGUUACAUUAUUUCAAGAAUCAUGUCAUAGCUAAGCAAAUUGUCAAUAAAUGCUCUAA